GCUCCGGCGACUCCCGGCGGCUCCGGUGGCGGCGCCGUUUUCCUGCCCGCGCUUCUCCCGGACGCGCGGCUCGGGCGCCUCCCGCUGAGGCGCGGCUCCCCCGCCGCUCGGGCUCCGGCGGCGGCGCGGCUCAUGACCCCGGGCGCGGAGCGCGCAGGUGGGCCGGCAGCCGCGGGGAGAUAGGCCCCCGGAGGCGGCUGCGGCGGCGGGACCAUGGCCCGGAGACCCGCGGCGCCGGCCGCUCACGGGGAGGAAUUCUCCUUCGUCAGCCCGCUGGUGAAAUACCUGCUCUUCUUCUUCAACAUGCUCUUCUGGGUGAUUUCCAUGGUGAUGGUGGCCGUGGGAGUCUACGCUCGGCUGAUGAAGCAUGCAGAAGCAGCCUUAGCCUACCUGGCAGUGGACCCUGCCAUCGUGCUGAUCGUGGUGGGCGUCCUCAUGUUCCUGCUCACCUUCUGCGGCUGUAUUGGAUCCCUCCGAGAGAACAUCUGCCUCCUGCAGACGUUCUCGCUCUGCCUCACCAUUGUGUUCCUGCUGCAGCUGGCUGCUGGGAUCCUGGGCUUCAUCUUCUCAGAUAAGGCACGGGGGAAAGUGAGUGAGAUCAUCAGUAAUGCCAUUGUGCACUACCGAGAUGACUUGGACCUGCAGAACCUCAUUGAUUUUGGGCAGAAGAAGUUCAGCUGCUGUGGAGGGAUUUCCUACAAGGACUGGUCCCUGAACAUGUACUUCAACUGUUCAGAAGACAACCCCAGCCGUGAGCGCUGCUCUGUGCCUUACUCCUGUUGCUUGCCUACCCCCAACCAGGCAGUGAUCAACACCAUGUGUGGCCAAGGUAUGCAGGCCCUUGAAUACUUGGAAGCUAGUAAAGUCAUCUACACCAAUGGCUGUAUUGACAAAUUGGUCAACUGGAUACACAGCAACCUCUUCUUAGUCGGUGGUGUGGCACUGGGCCUAGCCAUCCCCCAGCUGGUGGGAAUCCUGCUCUCCCAGAUCCUAGUGAAUCAGAUCCGCGAUCAGAUCAAGCUACAGCUCUACAACCAGCAGCACCAGGCUGACCCAUGGUACUGAGAUUCAUCCUGCACCUCCUCACUAUGGUGACAGGCAAGCCUCAUCAACCAGAAGCAAUGGGCAUAGCACCAAGUGGAUUCCAGCCCCCCAGCUGGAAGGAUGCACCUCCUCUCCCCAUCCUAGCCCUCAGCAUCACUAGUUAUUUUAUAUUGUUUCUAAUCUUACUCAUUUGGGUUUAUGUUUUUUUUAAGUUUUGUCUUAGCAGAGAUGUUUGGGAAACAGCUGUUGCAGAGUCCUGGGGGUACUAGGUGCUGCUUUUCACCAAGGCACUACAACCAACAGCUCUACUAGGGCUGCUCCUAAGCAUGACGGACUACUCAGAUUCCGGCUGUUGCCAGCAAGACCUGGCUGGAGUCCAGUUGGCAUGAUACCAGCUCCAGAAGGGAAGGGAGUGGAGCAGGCAGUGAGCUUGGGGGUCGGCUGGGGACAGUUGUAUGUGUUGGGUAGGAGUAGAAGGCACUAUGUUUACUAAAUGUCUGCCCUGCCAUCUUCCCAGGUAGUCAGAGUGAGCUACAUCCUGCCUCUCCCUCAUUUCCAAGGAAACAUGGCAGCAAGGGCAAGAGGUACAAGAGCAGCCAAAUUCAUCCCUCCCCACCUCCUUUGAAAAGUGUUUGGAACCAUGGUCUCUAUAUUCUGCAGCCAGCAGAGGUGGGACUGAGUGAUACAUGCCCUUGAAUUCCUCCCCUGUCUGGCCCUCCCUCUCCAGCAAGUGGGGUUUCUUUAACCUUGGCAGUGUGCAGAGGAGGUAAGGUAACAGGCGCCUAUUCCUCUGGACCGGAGCUCAGUAUUUCCACAGUGUAAGAAGCAGGGAUCUUGUGGGGCUGGGGAGCCAGAAAUGGCAAUAAGAGUUUGUUCACCUGGGCAAAGCUGGACUCCAUGUAUUUUUUCCAUUCUGGCAAUUAGAAAGGGAGGGGUAGAAGGGCCUAGCUGGUCGGCCCUCUCUCCAGGAGGGGACCGUGGACUCCCCUAAAGGCCACUGUACCUCCCGGGCCCCUUGAUUCGCCCUAUCAGAUGCACUUACUUACCCUCCUCCCACAACCCCGCCGUCUCCGGUCUAAAUUAGGUCGAAAGAUUCUCAGUUGUGAUCUGGGAAUGCGUAAUUUUAUCCCCAAACCUGACCUUAAUUUUUUUCUGAACUAAAGUGAAUUACAGUUAAUUUGCCACCCAGAACUUUUAGGAUGGGUUAGGGAAGGACGUGUCUGGAAAUCAGAGUCUAGCACUGUCUCCGGAGCUGGGGGGAGGGGGGAGGCGGGGAGUGCUUGUUAGGGGAACAAGGAGGAAGAACGUCAUCUCUUCACCCCCACUUUGGCCCCUCUAGCCCCCUCCUCCAUCUUUAUCUGAAAGAGCUGGGUACCGGGCCCAUCUUGCUUUGGGGAGGCCCCAGAAAAAAUCUCGAGACAAGCGCGAGGCUUCCUCGCGCCAAGAGGAGCGUGCGAGGGCGUCAAGCCGGGAGGCCGGGCGGGCGCUGCGCUGGGCGGGGCCGGGGUGGGGUCGCGCGGCGCCGUGGGUGGUCCCCGCCCCCUCGGCUGCCAGCCGGCGCCUCCGCCCCUCGCCCGGGAGGAGCUGGGGGACGGGUUGCGAGGGGACGGGGGCGGGGCUGCGUGUCCCGCUUCCCGGUGAGCGUCCCGCGAAGGCUCCUGGCCGAUCGCUGCUGUCUGGGGGCUCAGAGUAGGGGCUUGGCCUGGCCAGAGGAAGACGAGAGAAUCCCUUCCGCGCCGCGCUGGAGCGUCGUGAGUGCUCCCCGCCCCCAGCCUCUCCUACGCGAGCCUUCUGCUCCUGGGAGGGCGCCUUUCCAGCAGCCGCCUGGGGCCCCAGCCAAUGUUUAGUUCCAGCUAGUAACAGAACGGAAAGAAAAAAUAAAAUCAUCACAAAUAAAGAAUUAAAAGAGCCUUUUAUUCUGGGAGAGGAGAGUAAAAACAGCGCGCUUUCUUAGUGCCAGAGACGUGCAUUUUAUACUUUUCCUUCUUUUGGUGACGCGGACCCAGAAGUCCGUGUUUUGGGUUAGGAGCUGGGGUGCUGCACCUUCCCGGUUCACUGGUUUUGAGGAGCUCACCUGGCAGGGGCCUGGUUCAGGGCCUCUUUGAGGAAGAGACCAGGAACGAUGUUGCGCAGAAGCAGGUUCGAAUCUAGAUUUCUUAAACUCCAAACUACAUUUUAACUUAAGUCUCUACUGGCUCUUGGUACCUAGCCUUCUGGGCUUGGACAAAAAGGUGGAAAUUUCUGCCCAAGCCCCAGGCCUUAAAAUGGGCUGAGCAAAAUCUCAGACGCCUACAGUGCAGUUCGCUGUUCCUGGCUGGAUUGUUCGUCAGCCUGGUUCUCCGUCUCUCUCUAGCUUUCUUUUUGGCCUGAUGCUGGGACAGAAACUGCACCAAUUUUUAAAAAGCUUUCUCAUUGUUAUUUCAUGUUUCAAUUUAAUUUGCUCCCCAACUUUCCGUUCCUAAUAAUCUUAGUCUCAAGCAUGUGGAGUUAACAUCAUUAUCUCAGAACAGCUAUCAAAUCUAGGCCUCAAAGGUGAGUGAAUGGAAGAAGAUUCUUGGGGUGGCAGAAAUCAGGCUGAGCAGGCAGAGAUGGAGAGAAAAGGCCUGCAGGGAGGUGAAAAUCUGGGCAGGGUGACAUGACAAGAGAGGAACCACUCAAACCCUGCAAUUUAAACAAGGACCUGAAUCCAGGAGUGCAAAUUUUGCAGAAUGUUCAAUGAAAUUCUGAUUCCCUGUGUAUUUGUGUUCUCUUGCAGCUCUAAAAAAAUUGCCACAAAUUUAGUGGCUUAAAACAACACAAAUUUGUUAUCUUACAGUUCUGGAAGUCAGAAUUCCGAAAUGGGCUAAAAUCAAGGUGUGAGAAGAGCUCGGUCCCUUCUGAGGGUUCCAGAGGAUCCAUUUUCCAACUGCUAGAGGCCACUUGCAUUCCUUGGUGCCUGGCCUCUUUUUCCAUUUUCAAAGCACAUCCCUCCAACCUCUGCUUCUAUGGUCACAGCUCCUUUUUCUCUGACUCCUAUGUCAUUGCUGUAGGACACUUGUGAUUAUAAUAGGACCACCCACGUUAUCCAGAAUAAUCUUCCCAUUUAAGAUUCUUAAUUUACCAUGUCAGGUAAUAUAUACAGAGGUUCCAGAGAUUAGGACAUGGACAUGGACAUUUUGGAGCGGCCAUUAUUGAGCCUACCAUAUCCUCUUCCCACUCUCAUGCAUGACUUAAAGUAGGGGAGGUGUGGGAAUGAGCUGUUGUUAGAUACUGGCAAGAGUUUGGGGUAGAUGUUGUCUGGCCUUCAUUCUAAUAAUUAUCUAACAUUUAUUGAGUGCUUACUGUGUGCCAGGCACAUAUAUACUACAAAGUUUAGUGUGAGGGUCCUUUGCUAUUAUCUGACUUGUCUUCAUCCUAAAGACUAGGGUUAACAGGAUCAGGGACCAGUUUCAAAAAGGGGACACAGGGGGCCAGCCCUGUGGCCAAGUGGUUAAGUUCACGCUCUGCUUUGGUGGGUCCAGGGUUUCGCUGGUUCGGAUCCUGGGCGCAGACAUGGUACUGUUCAUCAGGCCAUGCUGAGAU